ACAUAAACAAAAGAGAUGUGCAAAACCAUAACUGGAAAAAGUAAAAAAUCUACAAGGUCAACAAAGUAGCACAGAGGAACACAAAAAACGAGUGCAACAACAAUUGCAACAAAGUACAGUGCGCACGUUUAAAAUCACAAAAACUAAACUUAACAUAAUUUUCGCGAAAUAUGUCGGCUAUUGAAUUGACCGGUAAUUUACCGGCAAUGGAAUUUCAAAGACAAGUAUGUAACAUGUCAACAGCUGAUGAAAUGGAAGAGCACAUGGUGCAGACUGGUGUGCCGCCAUUUCAGGGCGCGCCAGCGGGCUAUGCUGGGCCAGCAGCUGCGGCCGCUGCAGCCGCUGCCGCUGCUGGUGCGCCUGUGACGGCGGCUGCCAUCAAAGCUGAGCAGCCAGGACUGCAGCUAAAGGCGGCAGCAGCUGUAAGUGAAUCCUCAACGGCGGGCAAUCCGGGCGCUGCAGUUGCCACCACGCCCACAGCUGCUGCAGUGGCAACGAGCGCAGCCGAUGCAGUGGCCGCCGCGCCUUUGUAUAUGCAACAAAAGACAAAUCUGUCAACACAACAACAACAACAACAGACACAGUACAAUGGCAGCAUUAGCAAUGGGAACGCUGCAUCAACAGCAGCAGCAGCAGCAACAGCAGCCGUAACUGUCGCUGGCACAACAACAGCCACAACGCUGGUCACGCAGCAGCAGCAGCAACCACCCGCAUCUCUAACAAAUGGACACGCCAUGGAGCAAGAAACUCCAAACACCCCACAGAAUGUGCUCAGCAUUUCCACAGUAUUGAUUGCCAGUGAGGCAGCAGAUCCACAGCAGAACUCAGCGCUGCCAGCAGGUGGCGGCGGCGUUGCUGGCGGCGGCGGUCCACCCGGUUCACCGCUCAGCAGCUCACCGUCCAGCGUUAACACAGCCGCAGUUGCAACCACAGCCGAAGCAGCAGCAGCAGCCAUGCUCAACGGCAGCAGCAACGACGGCAACAUGUCGGGCAACACAUCACCAAUUGCCAGUGGCGAACCUUUGCUGCUGACACCAGCAGCGGCAACAGCAGCAACAGCAGCAGCAAUGCCCAUGCAGCCUACGCUCAAUCUGAGCAGCAGUCCCACAGCAGCAGCCACCUCGGUUACCGCCAGUUCGAUAGCAACGGGCGCCUUGGCCGCCACCAGCUGCAGCGUCUCGAGUGGCCUGUUGGCCAGCUCAGGGCUGGACAGCAUUGUGGCCAAUUGUGGCGUCCCCGCGAGCACUUCGCAGGUGCUUGCGCAUCUGAAUGCCACAGCGGCUGUGGCCAGCGGCAUUAUGACGGCCGCGGUGCAGUCGCCGAAUGUUGUCACUAGUCUGAGCGCCGCUCUAGUCCCACCACCGCCAGUUGCUUCAUCGGUGGCAGCUGCUGUGGCCGCUGCGGCUUCGCUGGAUGCCAAGAGUCAGCCCAAGCGUCUGCAUGUGUCGAAUAUUCCGUUUCGUCAUCGGGAUCCGGAUCUACGCGCAAUGUUUGGCCAAUACGGACCCAUACUGGACGUGGAAAUCAUUUUCAACGAGCGUGGCAGCAAGGGAUUCGGUUUUGUAACAUUCGCUAACAGCAACGAUGCAGAACGAGCACGCGAACGUCUACACGGCACCGUGGUUGAGGGACGCAAAAUCGAGGUGAAUAAUGCCACUGCACGUGUACAAACCAAAAAAGUGACAGCAGUACCCAACGUUGUACUGACCAAAGACGGUGCCAUACCGGCUCCAGCUCUAGUUUGCGUACAAUGGCCCGAGGCUGCCGUAGCCGCUGCCAUGCGUGGAGUUGCCAUACAGCGUGGACAUGUGGGCGUGGUCGGCGCCUCACCCUUUCAUCAUCCACAUCAUCCGCAUCAUCAUCCGGCGCUGGCAGCCGCCGCUGUCGCCGCCCAGCAGCAACAGCAACGUCAAGUGGCCGCCGCUGCCGUGGCCGCAGUAGCCGCCCAACAGCAGCAGCAGCAGCAACAUCAACAGCAACAACAACAGCAGCAACAACAACAACAUCAACAGCAGCAGCAGCAGCAACAACAGCAGCAGCAACAACAACAACAACAACAGCAGCAUCAACAGCAACAACAUGCCGCAGUCGCCGCCGCCGCAGCCGCUGCUGCCGCUCAGCACACACAUCCUCACGCCCAUGCACAUGCGCUGGCGCCUCAGCUGGCGCAGCUGCAGCCCACACUACAAACUGUCGCGGUGCCCACUGCCGCUGGCAACGCCGCCGCCGCCGCUGCUGCCGUCGCCCAACAACACUCGGCCCUGCAGCAAUCUCUGGCCGCCGCCGCCGCUGCACAGAACUCGGGCGUCGCAGGCAAUGCGAACAGCGCCGCUGCUGCUGCCGCCGCCGCCGCGUAUGCGGCACGCCUCUCCGCCGUCACCGCUUCACAGACGCCGGCCGCUGCUGCUGCGGCUGCUGCUUCCAUGUCAGCGUCGGUCAAUGCGGCCAACAACGCUGCCGCUUUGCAUGGAUUUGCGCCCGUUUACUAUGAUCCCUACCUAGCUGAUCCCAAUCUACGCUUCCAGGCAGCCAAACCGGUCACUGAAGUUCCAGCCGCACAGCCAGCCGCCAUAUUAAAUCGCCGCACUGUGACUACGCUAAACAGUACCCCACAUACGAUCAACCGCAUUCCGGUACCACAGAAUGUUUUGGCCACUGCUCCGCUGCUAAAGACACCACUGUCUCAGGCCCAGCAGCAGGCGUACGCCACAGCAGCGACCACCUACACAGCAGUCGCAGCUCGUGCCGCCUAUGGCGCCGCCGCAGCUGCAGCUGCGCAGCCAACAUUAGCUGGCUAUACCGUAGCGGGUUAUGCGCGCGAAUAUGCGGAUCCUUAUCUAGGACAUGGCAUUGGUCCCAUGCCAGGCUAUGGCGCAACUAUGUAUCGCGGUGGCUUCAAUCGUUUUACGCCAUAUUAAAAAUUACAACACAUCCAAGUCAGCCAAAUAAUGCACUUGAACUACUCUCGAUAAUGCUCAAUGUAUGAACAGAAGAAGAAGAAGAAGAAGAUGAUGAACAGCAAGAAAAACAAAAAGCAACAUAUAUUAGACGUAAAUUACUAAUCCUCUACAGUAUGCAGUAAGUAGCAGUUAAAUCAAGUCAAAAGGAUACGCAGAUACUCAACAUGCACACACACACACACACUACCACAGACGCUCAAAGGAUGAUACACACACACACACACACAUAGACACUUACAGAGAGUUGAAAAUCAAAGCUAAAUACAGCCGCAUAAUUGUUGCAAACUUUAAACAAAAAGCAAAUCAAUGUCGUCCAAACACAAAAAACAAAACUAAAUGGCAAUUAGUUAAUGCAAAAUGUGCUUCUUGCGUAGAUUUUUACAAAAAGCUGAAAUAUAUUGUGCGGCAAAUCAGAAUUUAUAUAUAUAUAUAUACACAUAAAGAAAACGGCAGUAUAUAUAGUUAUUAUACCUAUAUAGAUAUUGUAUUUGUAUAUCAAAAGCAAACAAACAUAAAAUGAGCAAUUUUUAAUGU